AUGGGAAAGGGAGAAAGAGAUGGGGGAGAGAGAGAGAGAGGAAGAGAUGGAGAAAAGGAAGCUUGCGGUGGUGGUCAUGGGGGAAUGAUGUUGCGGCGGUUAUGGGUUCGUGGGAUUUGGGGGGUUUGUCUUUGGGUUCUUGGUUGUUGUGGGGUGGGUCUGUGGGUUCUGGGUUCGUUGAGGGGUGGUAGUCAGGGGAAUCGGGUUAGGAUGGGAAGGGAUGAAUAG